AGGUGACCAGUCGCCCUCGUUGUCAUGUGACUCGUUCACGCCAACUUGUUUAUAUACAGUAUACGAUGCAAACAUGGCGUUCAGGCCAAACAAGAUGUCGACUGUGGGGACUUUGAAUACAGUUGUGCAUGUUUCGGUAAUUUCGUACGUCUUGUUGUGCGCGUGUGUUCGAGCCGAGAUACGAACCGCGGUUCUCGACAAACAAAGCGGACAGCUGUCUGUGCUGGAGGGAUUCCGAGAGGACUUUGUAGCUUGGGCGAACUUCACUGAUGACAUUGCAAAAUCCGGAUGGUCUUUCUUGGAGGUCACCACCAGCAAUAAGUACAAUGACAGUAUCCAGGCGUACGCUGCUGGCGCAGUGGAGGCUGCAGUCACAUCUCAGCUCAUCUAUAAGCACUGGAUGAACACACUGAUGGGUUACUGCGGGCCCUUCACCAGUCAGACGGGUUACUGCGCGCGCCUCAAGGCUUUCAUCACAGCCAAUCUGCAGUGGGCUCAAGACCAAAUAGAGAAGCAGCCAAAUUCACCUUACUGGUACCAGGUGCGUCUGGCCCUGCUGCAGCUGAAAGGUCUGGAGGACAGCUACAAUGAUGAACUGUCUUUCCCAGUGGGGCCACUCUCCUUCAACCCGUUUGGCUUUCUACUUUUCCAGCUGGGUGGGGAUCUUGAGGACUUGGAAUCAGCCCUGAACAAAUCCAGCCAAACGCGACCUCUUGGAUCUGGUUCCUGCUCUGCUCUCAUUAAGUUGUUGCCAAACAAUAAGGAACUGCUGGUGUCACAUGACACCUGGAACACCUACCAGUCCAUGCUGCGCAUUAUGAAGAAAUACAUCUUUGCCUUCAGUGUCUCACCUUUAGCCAAUGAUCUUCUUCCUGGGGGAACUCAGGCCUUCUCCUCUUACCCUGGUUCAAUCUUCUCUGGAGAUGACUUUUAUAUUCUAAGUAGCGGCUUGGUUACCUUAGAAACCACUAUUGGCAACAGCAACCCUGCUCUCUGGAAGUUUGUGCAGCCCAUAGGAACCAUCAUGGAAUGGCUGAGGAACAUUGUGGCCAAUCGACUGGCUGCUACAGGCAAGGAAUGGGCCGAGAUAUUCAGCAAGUAUAACAGUGGAACGUAUAACAACCAGUGGAUGAUUGUAGACUAUAACCACUUCACUCCGGGGCUGCCUGAUAUGAAAGAGGACCUCUUUGUUGUGCUGGAGCAGAUUCCGGGAUUCAUUGUUUACACUGAUAAAACUCAGGAAUUGCUGGAGAAAGGAUAUUGGGCAAGUUACAACAUACCGUACUACGAGGAAAUUUUUAAUGCCAGCGGCUGCAAUGAGCUCGUUGAGAAGUUCGGCCCGUGGUUCUCUCUGGACCAGAAUCCUCGGGCUCAAUUAUUCAGAAGAAACCAGACGGACGUCACAGAUGUGGACUCAAUGGUCCGCCUCAUGAGGUAUAACAACUUUAAAGAAGACCCACUGUCAAAAUGUGAAGGUUGCGACCCUCCGGCAAAUGGGGAGAAUGCGAUUUCAGCUCGCUCAGACCUGAACCCAGCCAAUGGAACAUAUCCAUUUGGUGCCUUAAGGCAGCGACAACAUGGGGGAACAGACAUGAAGUUGACCUCAUAUGAGAUGUUCCGAGAGUAUGGAAUGGUGGCAGCGAGCGGGCCAACCUGGGACCAGGUGCCACCCUUCCAGUGGAGCACUUCCCCUUACAAAGACUUGAUGCACAUGGGUCAUCCUGAUACUUGGGCAUUCAAGCCUAUACAAGUCACCUGGACUUAGUAAUUGUUUCAUUCUGUGGACAAGAGUGACAUGAUGAAAAACUCUCAGCUGUGCUGUUUUAAUAAAGGGAUAAAGGGAAGUGGUACAUUCAUUAAGUUAUUCACUCUCAGGAGAGUGACGACUAUGUUUUGGAACUGUUGCAUUAUUACAUUAUUGAACUGUCAGCAGAACUGUUUGCAGAACUUGGAAUAUAAGGCAAUAUAACUGAGAACCACAACUUCACAAUGUAACUGUUGUAAAGUGGGAGCUUCCACAUUAUGUGUGAUUUUCAUGUUUUGUUUUCAAGAUGUUGAUUCCUCAUGCCAAAUGUGUGAAGAUGCAAAUCACUUCCAUUCUGAUGGUUUAAUUGGAUAGGUAGUGUUUGCAGUGAAGUUCAACUUAGCUAGAGAAAUCACCAAGUACAAAUAUUGAUAGUUUAUUCAUACUAAUAUUCUGUCACAUGAUCAACAAAUGACUUACUCAAAUUUGAGUAAUUCUGUUAUGAUGCGUUGCAUUUUCAAAAUAAAGUGCCCUGAUCGUUGCCUUUUUUUAAAAAAAAUGGAA